AUGAGUAACGUCCAAGACGAUGUCGAUGAACAUUCUAAUGGUAUCCCAAGGCAGGAGAGACCGAGGAGAAUGAUACGAAGUCGCUGAAUAAUGAAGAAGAUGUCAAGAUGAGUGAUGUUGUCUCGUCUUCUUCAUCAACGACAACCGAAAAAAAACGUCGCUCUCGUUCCUCAUCAUCAAAGGUUGAAAGGCCUGUGGCACUUUUCAACCAUUUACCUUCUGCUGUGCAUGAGGCCAAACAGGCUUUUGAGGAGAUUGAUUCUUGUCUAUAUGCAAAUGCUCACUUGGGGGAACCCCAGCAAAAUGAGGCAAUGGCUUGCGAUUGCAAGCCUGAAUGGGUGGAUGGAGUAAACAUAGCCUGUGGUCACGGUUCGUACUGUAUCAAUAGAAUGACUUCUAUUGAAUGUACGGAUGAAAAUUGUUAUUGUGGACCGUCCUGUCAGAAUCAGCGGUUUCAGAAGAAAAUGUAUGCUGAUGUGGAUGUUAUACAAACAGAAAAGAAGGGUUUCGGUCUGCGGGCAAAUUCAUAUUUGACCAAGGGAACAUUUGUAUAUGAAUACAUUGGUGAAGUUAUUCCUGAGGUGCGUUUCAGAAAGCGUAUGCGGGAAUACGACGAACGUGGUAUUCGUCACUUCUACUUUAUGAUGUUACAGAAAGGCGAGUAUAUCGAUGCCACUGUUAAGGGAUCUUUAGCGCGUUUCUGUAAUCAUUCUUGCAGACCCAAUUGCUAUGUUGACAAAUGGGUUGUCGGUAACAAACUUCGCAUGGGUAUAUUCUGUAAACGUGACAUUCAAAAGGGAGAGGAACUUACUUUUGAUUAUAAUGUUGAUCGGUACGGUGCUCAAGCCCAACCAUGUUACUGUGGAGAAGACUGUUGCUUGGGCUAUAUUGGUGGCAGGACGCAAACAGAAGCACAACCAAAACUAGCGGAAAAUGUCCGUGAAGCUUUGGGUUUGGAGUCAGAAGAAGAAGAUUGGGAGACAGCAUCUGCUCGUCACCAUCGUCGAAAGAAGGGUGAAGAUGAGUCUGCAGAAGUGAUUAACUCCGUGCAAGCUACUGCUCUAGACGCAAACGAUGUACGAAAGGUUAUGUCCGUCCUAAUGCAAACAAAAGACGAAGUUCUUAUACGAAAACUUCUUGAACGCUUACAUCUUACUAUCGAUCCAGUAGUUUGCCGACAGGUUAUUUCUAUGCAUGGAUACAACAUCGUUGGUAGUAUUUUGAAGAACUUUUCCACGGAUCCUGAAAUUAUAAAAAGUUGUCUUGAGAUUAUGAAAGGAUGGCCGAGCUUAACGCGAAACAAAAUUCAUGAUUCUAAAGUUGAUACCAUUGUUGAACAAUUUGUAUCUUCAGAAGACGAGAUUAUUAAAACUUUAGCACAGGAUCUGUUGCAGGUUUGGAGCACUCUUGAAUUAGCUUAUCGCAUUCCACGUCGUAAACGUGACCCGGAAUCUAAACAGUCUACUGAAGAGGAAAAAGCGAACACACCAGUGCCAGAUGUUUUUACGAAUGAUGAAAAUAGCAACGUUUCUUGGGGAAGUAAUGAAAACGAAAGCAAAAUGGAGGAGCAUCACACAUCGCAUGUCUCUGAACAUCAAAGUAACUCUUGGCAUCACAGUAAAUCCGAUCAUGCUGGCGGUUGGAAAAGAUUCAAUAGUCCACGACCUCGCCGUGAUCAUGAUCAUCACUCUUUCAAAAAACCAGAGGAGGUUGCUUCAGAGGUCUCAGAAACUUCUACUCAAGCUUCCACAAAACAAGACUUGCAAAGCAUAAUCAACAAAGCAUUAGAAAGUGUUCAACAAAAAACUGUUGUAAAAAGUCAACAAGCCGAGGAAGAACGGAAGCGACAGGAAAUGGAACGUAUCAAACGAAAACAGGCUUAUGAGGAAGCACGGAAGCGGCAUGAAAUGUCUAAGAAAGAACGACAGAGUUCUGAAAAUCAUACAUCAAAACCGAUAUCGUCAAAUGAUCCAAAGGCGCUGAAGUUUAAAGCAGUAUUGGCGCGUUUUUUUGCUAACAAAACUGCAAGGUACCAGGAUUCCCUUGGGAAGCCAGAAUUCAAAUCUCGGGUUAAAAAAAUGACUGAGAUUGUCUUAACAAAACAUCUUAAGCUUGUUGCAAGUCGACAAGAGCCAGAGCUUCCUCAGGAGCUUUCACAAUCUCAACAAGCUAAAUUAAAAGCUUGGUCGCUGCAGUAUAUGGAAAAAGUCUAUUUACGGCUAAAGGAUCAUAAUUCUAGCGGUACAUCUGCAAUGAGCACACCUACUGAUGUUUCAAAACGACCUUUAGCUGAGGGCGAGACUAAUGUUCCUCAUAAAAAAAUCAAAUCCCCAAUUUAG